GCAAGUCAUGGUGGGCCAUUCAAUGAGCAAAGGCUGGAGGAUGCAAUACCGGACAACAACUGUGGAGCUCCUAACGAAACGGGAUUUUAAUUACAGUCAUUAGGAAGUGGAAGACGAGACCCAUAUGAAGAACAAAGCUUGCAGCACAAACUGGACUCUGGCAGAAGAAGUGGAAACCCCAGCGUGGAUCUUUAACACCUUUAAACAAACUUGUUUGUUGCCGAAGAAGAAGAAGACGACCCUUCCCCUCUCCGACUAUCCCAAACAGUUUUUCAUGUGUUUUUCUCAGUCCUCCAGCGCACGUGCAGAAGUAGUGAACCGAGCUAGUUGGCCCCGUUUUUGUUUUUGUUUUUUACUUUCACCUUUUGUUCCUUUGUAAAGAAAUGCUUUACCUGAAAAAGUACUUCACAGAGGGCCUGAUUCAGUUCACCAUCCUUCUGAGUCUCAUUGGGGUGCGGGUGGACGUUGACACCUAUCUAAGCAAUCAGCUGCCCCCACUGAGAGAGAUCAUCCUGGGCCCUAGCUCAGCCUACACCCAGACACAGUUUCACAACCUGCGCAACACGCUGGACGGCUAUGGCAUCCAUCCAAAGAGUGUGGACCUGGACCACUUCUUCACCACUCGGCGGCUGCUGAACCAGGUGCGACAGCUGGAUCGCCUCUCCGUGCCCAGUACCGAGCUCAGCACCUGGCUAGUGCAUCGUGACUCGGAGACUGUGGUGUCCGCCAGCAGCCAGUCCAGUCCCAGCAUUACCCUGGACAAUGGGGCCGGCCUAGAGGACGUUAACAACCCUGACGCUACCCCGGCCAUGAGGGGAGGAAGUGGAGCAUCUGAAUCCACGUACAACUUGAACGCAGCGGACGGCAGCCUGGGAGCCGUGGCCCCAGAGGGCAACCAGGAGCAGGAGAGCAGGAAUGGCAACGACGACCUCACCAAAGAGGACAUUGACUUGAUUGACAUCCUAUGGCGACAGGACAUUGACCUCGGCGCGGGAAGAGAAGUGUUCAACUACAGCAACCGUCAGAAGGAGAGCGAGGAGGAGAAGCAGCCUAGCCCACCGGAGAACAAAGACGGGAACGAGGAGCAGCAGGAGAGCUGGAGGAAUGGAGUGAAUUUACAAGGAGCUCAGCCAGUGGACGGAGAGACUGGAGAGAGCAUCCCUGAGCAGCUCCCAGGACUCGGCUCACAGACGUCACUGUCUCUACAGGAAUGCUUGCGGCUGUUGGAGGCCACGUUCCCUUUUGGAGAAGAAUCUGAGUUUCCAGCCCCGGUUGUCACUCCGGAGAUAUCAGUUUCCACUGAAGAAGUUCCUUCUACGUCUCAGGGCCUCACUGUGGCGCCACAGCUGCCCCCAGCAGAGCCACAGCUGGACCUGGAGCAGCAGUGGCAAGACAUUAUGGCCAUCAUGGAGCUACAAGCGAUGGAAGUGAACAACAGCGACACGAGCAGCGGCAACGGCAGCGACACAUCUGGGACAACAGAGUCCAACACGUCUGCAAACUUUGAACUUUCUAAUCGCUCCACGCCCAUAAACCAGGAUGUCAGCCUCCACCAGGCCUCGCUCCCCAGCUGCAGCCAAGACUUCCCCCAGAUUUUCAACACCCAGAUAGACUCUGCCAGCAUCACCCCGAGAACCACCAUGCUCAGAGUGUCGUCCGGCAACUCCUCCAACAUCAACUCCACGUUUGGAGCCACCAACCUGACGGGGAUCUUUCUCCCGCCACACAUCAACAGCACCAGUAACAACGUCACGUCCACGCCGAUCCUUCCAGAUCCAUUCAGCAC